AUGGCCUUUAACCGUAUCGCUGUCUAUGGUCACCGUGGAUUUGUUGGCUCUCGAGUUGUUGCUGCUCUAAUUGCCUCGGGAGCUCCAAUCACUGUUUUGCAUCGUACUAGCUCGGAUACUUCCAAUCUCCCCGAACAUGUGAGAAAGAUUGAAGUCGACGUUCUUGAUGAAGACGCUUUGGUUGGUGCCUUGCAAGAUAUAGACAUUGUGAUCUCUCUUGUUGGAGACGAGGGUACCGACAGACAGUAUGGCUUUGUGAAAGCCAUCCCUAGGACUAAUGUCCAGCUUUUCUGCCCUUCGGAUUUCUGUCUGCGAUAUUGUGAGCAGGGAAUGCGCAUGCCCUGUAUGAAGGCAAAAGCGAAAGUCGAAAAGGCUUCUAAGGAUGCUGGGAUUCCAACCUCCGUCAUCCACGUAGGAAAUUUCGCUGAAUUCACCUUAAGUACACUGGCAGUGGGUAUUGAUUUGCAGAAUAACACAUUGGUCUACACCGGCAACUCUGCUAGCGAAAAAGUCACUAUGUGCACCAAGGACUACGUAGCAGCUGCGUACGUCGACAUAUUUACCACCAGACCUAUACGCACUAUACAGAACCGGACCAUCACCUUGUCAGAGCUUGCACCAACAGGCAUGGAAAUUGCUGCGAUCAUGAAAGAGAAGAACGGCAGAGACCCCUCUAUUGCGACACGAAGCUUAGAAGAAGUCAAUCGAACGAUUGAGGAUUGUAUCAGCAGGGAGAGUAAUCUCGCUGUCCCGGCCUAUUGCCGCAAGAUCUGGGGAACGGGAGAAAUGAUGAAGAUGCUUCCCGAUGAUUUAUGGGAAGUUAAGGACUACAGGAAAGCAAGUUUAGAGGACCUUGUCAUAGGAGGAAGAUUGGAAAGUUAUAGAGUCAUACCCGAUCAUGUGUUAGAGUACCUAAAAAGGAUGCUCUGA